GUUUCCUUUUUGAAUCGGUGUGAAUUAGUCAUGAACUGGUGAUGGUCGCGAACUGGACGUGUGACGUUCGCUCACUCAAAUUCGAAUCGUAUUUAAGUGAUGAAGAUCAUCCCAAGAAGAGAGAAAAUUGUUUUCAGUGCCCUUUUCUAAGAACACAGAAAAAUUCAUUGUACACAGAUAUAAGUCAGAAUCGAUGAUUCGAUUCAAUGGUUUAAGCGAUGGUUUAAUUAAAGACAACCAGAACUAAUCGCAAUGACGUGACAGAAUGCAUUAUGGAGCUUAUUGAACGUCUACGAUGAUCUCCGUUUUGAUUGCUCAGAAAUACGAAAAUUUUAAAUCACAAUUUUGAAUUGCAAAUGUGAUCAAUAUAAUUACCUCAACGUGAUCAAUCAUCUCCAAGACAUAAAACAUUUCUGAAACUUUCUAAGGAAAAAAAUGUGAUAGAACUUUAUGCAAUAAAAAUAAUCAAUAAUAUGAUUCAAAUAUCGAUAGUAAAGGCAUUAAUAAAAGGCAGUUUGUUCUGUCUUUAUUGUUUGCUCGGUCCAUUCUUCAAAUUACGAGGCUUGAAGAAGAAACGACAAUGUUCGCCGAUUGAAAAUCAAAUCUUGCUGCAAUCGGCGACAGAAAUUGCGCGGAGAAUCCGAAGAAGAGAAAUUGGUUCCGAAGAAGUGGUUACCGCAUACGUGAAGCGAUGCAAGGAGGUGAAUCCGUUGAUCAACGCGAUCGUAGAGGAUCGAUUCGAGGCGGCGGUUCAAGAAGCCCGUAAAAUCGAUGACUUUUUGAAAUCGACGACGAUGGACGAAGCGAGAAUUGCGAGCGAGAAACCGUUGCUGGGAUUACCUGUUACGAUUAAAGAAAGUAUUGCUGUUCAAGGGAUGAGUUAUACGGUGGGAAUGAAGGACGUUCCUUCGAGGGCGACGAGUGAUGCAAACGUCGUGACGAAGAUUCGUGAGGCCGGUGGGAUUCCUCUCCUUGUCAGUAAUACACCAGAAUUGUGCCUGUGGUGGCAUACGUAUAACAAAAUAACUGGUGCCACGAAGAAUCCUUAUGACACUCGGAGGACCGCUGGCGGCUCUUCCGGUGGCGAGGCUGCUCUUCUUGGCGCUGGCGCCUCCCUUCUAGGCUUAGUUUCAGACAUCGCUGGAUCAGCCAGACUUCCAGCUAUGUUUUGCGGAAUUUUCGGCCAUAAACCUACGCCCAACUGGGUUUCAGUUGAAGGGCACAAACCUAGCGCUAGUGAUAAAAAUUGGCCUUCUUUUUUUGCAAUCGGUUCAAUGGUCAGAUACGCUUCGGAUUUGCCUCUUCUGUUGACAGUUAUUUCGCAAACCGACGAAGCAAAAAUUGGCUUCAAUAAAAAAGUACGCCUAGAGGAUGUGAAAUUUUUUUACAUGGAUCAUUGUGACCCGAGAGUAACAAAUUGCGUGAACAGUGAUAUAAAAGGCGCAAUUUACAAGUUAAUAAGAUACUUAGAAACGACAUAUGGUGUCAAAGUCCAAAAAGCAAAUUUGGAAAAUAUGAAAUCAUCUUUUGAGUUAAGCGCAUUCAUCCUUUUGAGGAUCCAAGAUAUAUAUUCGAUGUAUAAUCGUUCGGAUGACUAUAAGAAAUCGAAGAGCGUGCUUGCGGAAACAUUAAAAUAUCUUUUCUUUAUGUCGCCGCAUACUUUUCCCGCCAUAUGUUAUGGGAUAAUAAAAAAUAUCAGCGAUCUAUUACCAGACUCAAAAUAUAAUAAAUUGUUAGAAAUGAGAAUACAAUUGAAAAAGCAAUUUGAGGAACUGCUGGGCGAUAAUGGUGUAUUAAUCUUUCCAUCUUUUAUCUCGUCGGCUCCUUAUCCUCAUGAAAGUCUGUACAAUGUAUGCAAUUACACUUACAUGAUGAUCUUCAAUGUGUUGGGAUUUCCGGUCACACAAUGCCCACUCGGUUUUGAUAAAAAUCAACUGCCAAUUGGUCUUCAGAUUGUCGCGAAUCCAGGCUGCGAUUAUCUAACGAUUGCUGUAGCCCAAGAAAUCGAAAGGGCAUUCGGUGGUUGGCGAGAACCCUCGGGAAGCAAAGGACUUACUUAUGCAACAAAUACAACACAGAAAUGCAGAAAAUGCAGGGAUGAAGAUAUUGAUGUAUUAUUAAUUGGCCAAAGUGGUUAUUGUAAAACAUGUUUUCUAACUAUUACGAAUCAUAAAUUUAGAGCCGCACUUGGCAAAUCAAAGAUUAUUCAUCGUGGUGAUUCGAUAUUGGUCGAUUAUUCGGGUGAAUUGAAUUCCACUGUGCUUUUACAUUUCAUUAAAUCUGGUAUGAGCGAGUCUGCCCACAAAAGACUUAUCUUCAAGACAAUAAUUUUAUAUAUAGAUGAUGGUGCUACAAUGGGAGAAACGAUUGACGAAAGGAACAUUUUGCAAUGUAAAAUAGCUAAGGAAAUAAAAGAUUCUGGAUUUGAUGGUUAUUUUGUAUCAUUGAAUCAAGUCUUAGACAAAGAGGAUGCCUUGGAUAUAAAACCAAUUGAUCAUCAAGACAUGUAUCAUGAACAAGAGGAUCGUUUGCAUGCAAUGUUGGAUCUACCAGAUAACACUUCAAGAAUAGAUCUACUAAAUCAACUGCGUCGAAAAUUGCUUAUAUCAGCUGCUCGGAAACUUAAUUGUAAUAAAAUAUUUGUAGCAGAUUCUGCUAUGGAUAUUGCUACAAAAGUGCUGGGAGAUGUAUGUUUAGGGCGAGGUGCACAACUUUCUACACUUGCAGACUUUUGUGAUGCUCGAUGUGACAUCAAGAUACUGAAACCAUUGAGAAAUUUUACACAGCAAGAACUAGUAUAUUAUUCAGAGCACUAUAAGAUAAAAUCUGUUAAAUUGAGAGAAUUUAAUGUGACAGCACCAGCGACUUCUAUUCAAGCGUUAGCGCACAACUUCGCAGCAGGAUUAGAAUCUCAAUUUUCCGGUACAGUAUCCACUAUAUUUCGUACAGCCGAGAAAAUAAGUCCGAGAAUCAACAAUCAGCAAAAUGCGGAAGAUAAUUGCGUGUUGUGCGACGCAAGAUUAGAUACUACAUCCUCUAGUAAUGAAGUAUCUGCUGUGAGGGCGAUUGAAGUUUCUAAGCGAGUAUCUUCAAAUAUUGAGACAAGAAUUCCUAGUAAUAAAAAAAACGGAGAAUCGAAUGAUACGACUCUCUGCUCGGAUGACAAAAUAUAUUGUAAUGAUAAUACUGAAUGCGAUUGUAAGAACAGUAAGAAGAGAAAAUUAACUACGGAAGAUGUUUGGAAGUAUCUUUGUUAUAGUUGCAGACUGAUAUUUCGAAAUUCGGAAAUUUUAAAUACUAUGCCGGUAUCAUUAUUAAUUGCCGUUCAACAAAGAUUAGCUUUAAAAAAUAUGAGAGAGGAAAUUAAUGACUUUUUAUUAUAAAUAAAUAAACAUUUAGUUCUAAAAUUACUUUUGAAUCAUACAUACACAAAUUAGAUAGGAAAAUGUAAAUAUUAAUAUAUAUAAUAAUGUUU